AUGACUUCUCCAACGGCCCUUAUAAUUGGUGGUACUGGAGCUCAAGGAGUACCGAUUGUCGAAGAGUUGGCAAAUCAUGGCUUUCAAGUUCGAGUUCUCACAAGAGAUGUUACCUCGAGUAACGCAAAAAAGCUCUCAGAGCUUCCAAAUGUGACCUUCUCUCUGGGUGCCGUGGACUCUGUCCCUGACCUGAAAAGAGCAUUCCGCGGAAUUGACUAUGCGUUUGUCAAUCUCAAUAGUUGGUCCCUGGGUAUUAAGGAUGAAAUAUUUUGGGGUAUUCGAAUCUUCGAAAUUGCAGUACAGAGUGGUGUAAAGCACUAUAUAUGGUCAUCACUUGACAAUUUCUUUUUGGAAACAAAGUACGACGACUCUUUUCGAUCUGUUCAUUAUUAUGGCAAAGGCCAUGUUGAACAGUGGAUAUCUGCGCUGCCCCAAUCGCCUAUGAGAUGGACAAUUCUUGCCACAAGCCCGUAUCUUGAGCAACUGUGGGGUUUAAUGAGGCCAACGAAGGGCGAGGAUGGUGUUUACGAUUUUCGCUUCCCUGUUAACGAUGGUGGCUUCCCAUUGACUUGUUUGGAUGAUAUGGGAUACUACGUUCCCAAAGCCCUCACAGAGGCUACAGGUCUACCUGCAAAGGGAACCAAUAUUGAACUGGACCAAUGGUUUGAGGAAGUCGGCUGGGGCCCCUCUCGAGAACAUAAAAUGGGUUCUACCACGGCCGGACCAAAUGACCCAACGCUACAUACAGUAUAUGAAAGCUUCUCUGGUUGGUGGAAAAUGUAUCAGCAUUCUAUUAACAAUACAGGCUUAAUCAAGCGCGAUUAUGCGCUUUUAGAUGAGAUCCAUCCCCACCGGACCAGGAGUGUUAGAGAAUGGAUGCAGAAGGUCCACUAUGAUGCGGAUAAACUCGAUAUCAUCACGGUGACUGCACCGAUGGCUUUGUAA